AUGUGCUGUUCCAUUUUAACACACAUCCAGAGUCGAAAGUACUUUAAUGAGAGAGAGGCAAGUCAUGUAGUCAGGGAUAUAGCACAUGCACUGGACUUUCUGCACAACAAAGGAAUCGCUCACCGGGACCUUAAGCCUGAAAACAUCCUGUGUGAAUAUACUGAUAAGGUCUCUCCUGUGAAAAUCUGUGAUUUUGAUCUCGGGAGUGGAGUAAAGCUAAACAGUGCCUGUACCCCAAUAACUACCCCUGAGCUCACCACACCGUGUGGCUCAGCUGAGUACAUGGCUCCUGAGGUGGUCGAGGUCUUUACGGAUGAGGCUUCGUUCUAUGACAAGCGCUGUGACCUCUGGAGCCUCGGAGUGAUUCUCUACAUCCUGCUCAGCGGGAGUCCUCCCUUCACCGGCCACUGCGGCACCAACUGCGGCUGGGAACGAGGAGAGACAUGUCGUGCCUGCCAGAACAACCUGUUCGAGAGGAUUCAGGAGGGGAAGUAUGAAUUUAGGGAUGGGGUUUGGGCUCAGAUCUCAGCCGAUGCCAAAGAUCUGAUCUCGCGGCUGCUGGUGCGAGAUGCCACUCUACGGCUGAGUGCUGCACAGGUCCUGAAGCAUCCCUGGGUACAAGGGAAUGCACCUGAAAGAGUUCUUCAAACUCCUCGUGUUCUACAAAGAAACUGCAGCACUAAAGACCUGACACAGUUCGCCGCUGAUGCCAUCGCGUUCAAUCGGCAGCUGUCUCAGAAGGAGGAAGAGCAGGAGGACUUUGGUGCCAUGGUCUGCUCCAUGAGGCUCUCCCCUCCAUCUAACUCUAGACUAGCCCGUCGCCGAGCACAGUCUCAAGCACUACGCACCAAUACCUGACACCUGCCCACCCGACAGGUGCUCCGGUUAUACUCGUGCACACCAUAGUGCGUUAUAAGCCUUCAUACGCAUACAUUCUCUGGUGAACUGAAUGGGUUCUUGAGCAAACACACUCUAACCUUGGCUAACACACGUAUAUGCAUCACAGGCUCAGUGCUACCAACUUGUAGCAAAGACUAGCCUUAUAUAUACAAACCAAAAACAUCCAGACGAUUCUAAUUUCUUUACAGGUCUUUUACUCUGUGUAAUGUGAGAUUUGUGUAUUUUAAGCAUCAGAAAUUGUGCUUUUUUAAAAAUAUUUAUUACCAAAUAUUUAUGGCUGGCAGUGUUUGUCAGUCUGAUAUAAAAAGGGUGCUCAGCUCUGAGGGAAUCUAGAGACGUUGAUUUUAAUGUUGCCACAGCAGUGAGGCUUUUAAUCGACAUUCACAUUUUUAUACGUUUUAACAUUUUAAAAAACCACUCGAGUUACUGUAAAGCACUGGCCAUCUUGCUUUGUUACUUUUCUAUUGUUUGUUUUAUAUAAGGUCUAGCUGUAGUAUAGUUAUUGUUCAGCGAAUAAUGUUUUGGUUUAUUUGAGCUAUGUAAAGCAAUGCUUAAAGGGUUAGUUCACCCAAAAAUGAAAAUUAGGCUGUGUUUUACUCAC